GGUGCGGGGCGCGGGGCGGGGCUUAGCCGGGCAGGACCAGGAUGCAGAUCCUGGAGGAAGAGGGCAGUGUGCGGCGUCCGCGGCCCGAAGGUCGGGCCGGUGUGGUGGGAGGACGCCACGGGUGGGAAGAGCCACCGCCUCCCUUCGCGACUGCCCCGUACGCCUUCCUGCAGAAGCAUGGAUCUCGAGUCCUCCGACCUGCUGGACGAGUUCCUGGAGCCCCCAGAAGAUGCCUUCUCUGCGGGGUCCCUCCUGGAGCUGGGCUUCACCCGCUCCCCUCCGGAGGUUCCGGGGACCAGGCUCGGAGCACAGGGGCGGCGCGGCUGUUGGAGCGUGGGCCUUCGAGAAAGCGAGUCUGAGGAUUUCCUGAACCUUUUCAUCAACCCUAACGAGGUGUAUUGCUCUGAAGCAUCUCCUGGCAGCGACAGUGGCACCUCGGAGGCCCCUGGUCGCUCUGACAGCCCCCCUGCCCCUGCGGCACCCAGUUCUCCUGCCCUCUACGAGGUCGUCUAUGAAGCAGGGACUCUUCAGCGGGCACAGGGGGAAGCUGGGCCAACCUUAGGGCUGCUCUCCAUCCAGCUAGGUCACUGGAGCCCACAGUUCGUGGUACCUGAUGCCUGCAACGCUCAUGCCCACAUCCUCCCCAGUGCCACGGCCUCAGUGCCUCCAGCUACUCUGCUGCCCUGCCAAAAUCUGCUCCUGACAGACGAGGAGAAGCGUCUGCUGGGGCAGGAAGGGAUUGCUCUGCCCUCUCACCUGCCCCUCACCAAGGCAGAGGAGAGGGUCCUCAAAAAGGUCAGAAGGAAAAUCCGGAAUAAACAGUCUGCUCAAGACAGUCGGCGGCGGAAGAAAGAAUACAUCGAUGGGCUGGAGAGCAGGGUGGCAGCCUGUUCUGCGCAGAACCAGGAACUGCAGAAAAAAGUUCAGGAGCUGGAGAGGCACAACACCUCCCUACUGGCACAGCUCCGCCAGCUGCAGAUGCUCACUGCUCAGACCUCCAGCAAAGCUGCCCAGACCAGCACCGGCGUCCUGAUCCUUCUCUUUUCUCUGGCUCUCAUUGUCCUGCCCAGCUUCAGCCCCUUUCAGGGUCUACCAGAAACUGGGCCUGAGGAAUACCAGCCCCAUGGAGUGAUUUCCAGAAAUAUCUUGAUGCACACGGACAUGUCAGGAAGUCUGGAGGCUCUGGAGACAGAGUCCAAAGUGGGGGAGUCCCCCAGAGCCCAGAGGGUGAAUGACUCAGAGAAGACGGGCCUGAAGACUGAACCCAGCGGGCGCCUCAGAACCACGCUGCAUGCAGAUGAGAUGUGAGCUGGGGCAGAGCCCUUCCUGGCCCACCGUGCGGUCACAACAGGAGUCCAAGGUGCUCCUCAGGCUCUGCUUCCGCCUGGAAUUCCCAUGCCUCUGUUCCCUUAGGGAUCCGAAUUACUUCAGAUCACUUCAGAACACCCUAGGACAGUGAGGACUUUCAACACACAGUAGGCUGCGGCAUGCGUGCCAUGGGCUUGCCACAACUGCCCUAGCAGAUGUCUGCACCCUGAAGCCUAGGGUUCCCAUGAGAGAGGGUGUCUGAAAUAUUUCAUGUAUCUGUGAUUUUACUACUUCUUUAGGCAUGAGAUUGAGGGAAAUACAAGCUUUAACUGCAAAAUAAACUUUCUAGCUAAAACUGCAUCUCAGAAGUCUUAAGCAGUAAAAGGGAGAGAAGACAGGUACUCAGUAGGUUGUGACCCCUUUUCCUCUCUGCUCCCACGACUCCCAUGACUUCUGUUCCAAAGCAGAUUACUUUUUUUUUUUAUUGUGCUCAUGAGC